AUGAAGCGCAGCAUGGCUGGUUGCUCGGAGGGCCCCGCAUCCAAGAAGGCCCGAACCGCAGAGUCUCCAAUGAACCCCCCCACAAACAACACGGUCGCCAAUGCUACCACCCACAACGAUGAUGCUUCCGCUCAACUCCAGAAGCUUCGAGCUCGUGUCGCGGAACUAGAAGAUAUAAACCGAGAGUUUACUGGCAUGCUCCCCGAGUAUCUGAAAGAGACGGAGCAGCAAUUGGCAUCCGUCAAGGAAGCCAUAAACGAGACUCGCGAUAACAACGCGAAGCUUCAAGGAGAGAUAGCGGCAAUCAAGAAGCCGCGGCGGCAGACGAACCUGCGAAAAGAUAUUCAACAAGCUCAGGAAAGAGCCGAGGGCCUGGAGGGUGAGAUACAAGCCGCCAAAAAUGAGAACACGGAGCUUCAGGCGGCUGCGGCGAAUGCGGAGCGGGAAAAGGAUUAUUGGAAGGAACCUCAAGCCAGACCAAGCAGCGCCUCGCAGCAGGUCCCAGUUGCACCGGCAUACCGAUCACCAGAGUCGGAAGAUCACGAGCUUGCAACCGAAACCGUGGAGGCGCCCGCAGAGAACGUUCUGGAAUCAUCCGGCUUGAAUGGGGAACAGGAUUUAAGCCAGUUUUUCGACUUCGAUGCUGCCUCCGGAGUGCCGAAUGAAGAGAUACCCGAAUUCAACCCAGCCAACUAG